AGGGAAGUUUCUGUUGCUGGUGGGGAGGAGGAAUUGGGCCGGAGGAGGAAUAAAAGCUGGUGAUCCAGGAGCGACAGAGAGAGAGAGAGAGAGAAAAAAACAGCGACAUUCAUGUAGGAGGAAUUAAAUCAAAUUUAAAUAUAAGUUCAGCUGUAGAUCUGGCUUAAAAAUUGCUCCUCACUCCCCCAGUAACAAUGGACGAGAACAUGGAGGAGGACACCAGCUACCAGCAGCUGAUGAUGGACGAUCACAACCACAACAACUGGGAGGCCAACGCGGGCGCUUAUCAUCAUCACCAUCAUCAUCAACACCAACAUCACCAUCACCACAACCACCACCAUAACCAUCACCCCAGCCAGCCAGCUCUGCCCGAGCCGGGGGGGACGCUGCAAGCACAGCAGGAGCCCAAAGAACUCCUCCCGCACCCCAUGUCUCUGAACGGGGAAGAGCGAGAGCCGGCAUCGCACAGGGAGACUGACACCGAGCCCAUGGCCAGUAAAGUAACCCUGAACAUCAAUAGCUCGGCCUCCAAGUUCUUGAUGAAUGUUAUAACAACUGAAGAUUACCAGCGUACUUAUUGGCCGAAACUGGACAGUGCCAUUGAUCAGCUUUUGACACAGUCUCCUGGAGAUUGCAUCCCUAUAUCUUACGAGCAAAUCUACAGCUGUGUUUACAAGUGUGUGUGCCAGCAACAUUCAGAGCAGAUGUACUGUGACCUCAUCACAAAGAUAACCAGUCACUUAAGACGUGUCUCAGAGGAGCUGCAGGUCAGCUGUCCAGAUGCAUACGUUGAGAGGUUUAAUGCAGCACUCAGCCAGUACAUGGGAGCUCUGCAGAGCAUUGUGCCUCUAUUCAUUUACAUGAACAAAUUCUACAUUGAAACCAAACUUAACAGAGAUUUGAAAGAUGACCUCAUAAAGUUGUUUACAGAACAGGUUGCAGAAAAGCAUGUUCCUACCUUAAUGCCUUUACUAAUAGAAGCUCAGUCAACUCCAUUUAAGGUCACCCCUUCAACCAUGGCAAAUAUAGUUAAAGGCUUAUAUACCCUUAGAUCUGAUUGGGCACAGCUGGCACCAAGCCUCUUUUCUAAAUUUAUCCCAAAUAUCCUUCCCCCUGCUUUGGAAUCCAAGCUUUCAGAAUAUGCUGCUCAAGACCAAAAACUCCAGCGAGAAUUGAUGCAGAAUGGCUUUGCCAGAGGGGAUCAGUCACGGAAAAGAGCUGGAGAGGAGAUAAUGUUUAAUGGGUCAGCAUCAUCAUCAUGUGCUAAUACAAGAGGAUUCAGAUAGUGAAAAAGUGAAGACUUGUUUUCUGUUGCCUUGGAAGAGGGACUGAACUGAAAGGUGCAUAAACCGUAUAGGGAGUUAUGCAAUGGAGCGGCAUCUGCUGAAGCUCAGGCCUGUUUUACUCUUGCCCUCCCCCCUUAAAAAGAAGGACUUGUCAUCUUUUAAGUUUUGAUUCUGAUGAUCAUGCUGCUAAUAGACUUGGAAGUACUCUUUCCAAUGGCUCAUAAUAUGGCAUCGUGCCUGGACCGGUUGUAUAGUGUAAAGGUUCAUAUUGAGAGAGCUUCAGCAUCCUGGCGAUGGUUUCUGAAUGGAAUUUAACUUUUAUUUUGCAAGAAGCACAGUUUCCAGCAAUCUUCUAGCAUGCUUGCCAUUUUCAUGACUUUUAUCAUUCAAACACACUAUAAAAGUGCUCCCUACUUUACUGCGUUAGUCGGGGUAUGUUUCUUUUUUUGUCUCUGAUUAAUUCCUAAGGCUUUGCUCUGGACAAGCAGAGAUUAUAACUCUUUGGUAUUUACUGUAGCUUCCACACUAGUCCUCAUCCUCAUGUGUUUUUAAACUGUUUGACCACACUUCUGUCAGAAUCUCAACUAAACCUAAUCCAUUUGCAACUCAUUUAAGUAAGAAAUUUCACAAUAGUGAGAAAUCCAUGAACAUCCAAAUGUAGAUGUAUGGUGACCUGGGGAUAGUUGUUUAAAAAAUAUUGAGAAUUCACUAUCGGUAAAGGAUUAACCAAAACGGUGUGCAAAAAAGUAACAUAAUUAGACUUAACACCCAGUCAAUAUACAUAAAACCCCCAACUGCAUUAUUUUCAUUGAAAGUAUUUCCUAUUGAAUACGGUAUAACUCAAUGUUUAAAUAACACUGUGCUAAAAAAAUUAGCCUUGAUCAUACCAAUUCUAGAGCGUUUUAUCAGUUUUUAUGUUGUGAUAUAUUUUGCUAUUGUAGGUAUUUUGACUGCUUGAAGACUGUGCCAUUUAUUACAUUAUUCCCGUUGCCUAUCGCCUUGAAUCUGGUUAAGUGAGCGGCAGUCAGAAUGUAAAAUAUUUUUUCCUCAUAUAGUUGAUCUGCUACAUUAAACCUUGUGCAGUUAAUGCAUUACUGCAUUUGCUGCAAUUGCUUUCAAUGUCACCUGCUGCUUCACUGUGAAGGGCAGUAAUUUUCAAGAUAUGGAAGCAGAGGACAAAAGCACAAGGUGAAAGCUAUCCUGAUAAUUUCACAUCCAACAAUUGCGUGAUAUUACUCUUACUUCAUGGGUAACUUUCUAAGUUAGUUCAGUAUGACUAAAAACCUUAGGACAAUGUAUGAGAGAACAAAUAAUUGUAAUUGUUGGGUUAAAAUUGAACAACUCUUACCCAUCCGGCUAUAGCAGUUAGUUCAAAUGUGCAAUAAACCCAAAAUUGGAUUUUGGAUACGAUACCCUCUUUUGCUCACUUGUGUAAAUUGUACUAAUAGCUUACCUUUGCAGCCCUUAACUGCAACUGUUUGCAGAUUAUUAUCUACUGAACCUCAGACUUAAGAGUGAAAUAGACUGUUACCCAUGAGUGAAAUUUUAAUGGUAAGGCAUUUUCUUAUGCAACCAUGAAAAUCAAUGAUAACGGGUGGUACUGGUAGAAUGUAGAACCCUAGCUAAAUUAAUUUAACAUACAAGUGUUGCAGGCUGUAAUUUCUCGUGUUGAAAAGUGCUGAAAUAUGCCUGCUCAACAACCAGUCUAAUAAUGCUUUCAGGCUUCUGCUCAAGGCCAUUUUUAUAAUCUAGAAGGCACCUUUAACAUUGUCGACGAAUCAGCAGUGUUCUAUUUCCCAGCACUCAACCCUCAUAUUGAACAUCAUAAAAAUAGGGAGUCUGUGACAAAAAUGAAGGUAUAACUCUUUGAGUUUGUUGAAAUGUCCUUGUGACCCUAACAUCGGGGAAAGAACGUUACUCCAGUUCCAGAUUCCCCUUAAGUAACCAACGAUGCUUUCUGCUGUUUUUACUUAUUUCCCUGAGCUGUUUAUAGAAAUAUUUUAAUUUGAAUGCUCCCCCACCCUCCCUCAACCAUCACCUGUACUAUUGGUACGCAGCUCCCAUGCUACACUGCGAUGAAGGAAAUUGGUUAAAGAAGUUCCCUUCACUGUAAUGCACAGUGUGCUAACUGAACUGAGGUCCUGAAUUGUACUCUCAGUUUUCAAGUUUUUUUUUAAGCAAAGUGGUGAUUUUAGGGAGAGCAGCACUGGACUCCGAACUGGUCCUUCAAGGCCACUUUGGUGUGUCCGUAGAAUUUACGACAUAAGGAAUAGUCUUUUGGCACAAAUGGUCAGUGCCAGUGUUAAUACUUCACAUGAACAUCCUGCUGCCUUACUUCAUCUAAUGUCACCUUCUAAACCUUUAUAUCUCAUGCACCCAACCAACUUCCCCUUAAAUGCAUCUAUUCUAUUCGCCCCAACUGCGCCAAGUGGUAGCACAUUCCACACUCUAACCUCUGGGUUACCUCCUGAAUUCUUUAUUGGAUUUAUUAGGGACUAUCUUAUUUUUAUAUCCAUAAGUUUUGGAUUCCCACACCUGCUGUAGAGAGGGUCCUGUGCUAUCAGUCCUGUGACAGAACUGGUAAUUAAUUUAUACAUUGAAAAACAUAGGCCGAAAGACUUGGUAGGCUUAAUGGCAUUUGUUUAAUAGUUUUAUAUUUUUCCCUAGCAAAGUGUUGAACAGUGUAAGCAUUUUAAAUAUCAAUCUAGCAACAUUUCGCAUCUUGCACACCACCAAUUUUAAAAUAUUUACCUGAAUUUGCCCCCAGUGGUUAUGAUCAUUUAUGCUAAUACCGCCAUGUAAACUGAAAAUAAACUUUUCCCCAAAGUGUCUUCUCUAUGCUAUUUUUGGGUAAACUUUUUAAAGGAAAGUAUUUUGAUCUGCAACUAUACAUUCCAGAUGUGAAUCGUAGUGCUUCAUGUAAAAAUGGAAAAUAACGAGAACACAAAGUGGCUUUCUGUCUUACUGAGAUGAUGUUCAAUUGUAGAUAUUAAUCUUGAUUUUGUAAUGCUAAUGCCAGUUUUUAAUAUUUAUGAAAUUUGGGUGGAGUAAGGGAAAGAUUUGCACAGUACAUUAUUUGUACUGAAAUUAUUAAUUGGUGUGUAAAGAAUGCAUUUAUAAGUCUGCUACAUUAAGCAGAAAUCAAUUAGACUAAAUUAAUUACAAUUAUGAAAUUUUCUGCUAAUUGUUUCAGAUAUGAUAGAAAAGCUGUUAAAAGUCAUAGUUUGUGCAAAGCAAAGUUAUUUUUUAAGAAUGUAUAAUUAAGAGAUGAGAAUUUGACUAUUUAAUACACAGUUUCUAUGCAUUAAAGCACGAUAACAGCAGCGAAGAAGCAAAGUGAUUUGCAGCAGCUGGGCAUAGCUUUCAGGUUGGCCGCAUACAUAUACUUUAACACAAGGUCUGAAAUAAAAAGUGUUAGUUUCUUUAGUUGUAACCAGUGCAGCCUCGGCAAAUAUUUCACAAUAACCCCCUCAGGGAAGACUCCAGGCUGCAAACAAAAGGCAUUGAAUAUGCUAAAGACUCCUCUAUAUUUAAUUACUGGCACAAUUUUGCCAUCAUUUCACCUCUGCAGGUGUUUUUCAUUUAUUUGACAUCUGCCAGUAACUGGCAUGGAAAGGCUAUAACCUCUGAGGAGAUAAAGAACACAGUGGCAAAGUUUGCCAAAAAAAGUCACAUUUAAAAAAAAACACAAUUGCAUUUCUAAAUACUAUUAUCUUAAAAGUAUAAUAAUAACAACUUUCAUCUUAAAGAUGUCAAAGUAAGAAGACCUUUGCCUAUGAAGAGAUUUCAUGUUCAAAAGCCAUUUGAUUGGUAUUAUUGCUUAUUGGAGCAAUGGUGACCUAGCAUCUGGAAAGGAGAACAAAGAUUCAGUUCUUCCAGCCAGGCACAAUAGAAAGCUCUAGACAAAAGUUUGGUGAUGGUGGCAGGGAAUUGGUACUAGGCUUCCAUGUAUGUCUCCCAGUGAUUGCCACUGAAUGACACUGGCACUUGCUUAUGACCAAGUCACCUACCCCAGUCCCUCAGCUGCAAAAAGAUACAACGCUCAACCCUUGCAUUGAAGAUAAAAUGGCAGUGGGGGCAUGGGUGCAGCAGAGAGGAGGGAGGUUACAAACAGACAGAAAAUGAGACGCAUGGGUAGGUAAAAUAUCCUUAAAUCUACAUAUCAGUUGAAGCUUGAAUUAACAGUGCACUUUUAAAUUAAUAUUUAAAAUUCCAAAUUUAUAUUCUAAGGUUUACUUUUUUUUCUCAAAAGUGUGUUUGUUCAUUGUUGAUGAGAGUUGUUCUGCCAAAGGUUGUUUCAGGUACAGCAUAUAGAGCAAGGAACCGGCAGAGAUUUAAGCCAUGACAUUUUUGGAACUGUCUAUUGGCUCUAUUUUGAACAAUAUAAAUUUCAAGAUUCACAAUAUGAAAAUUGUAAAACAAUUUAAAUACAAAUAAAGACAGGCAGGAAAUGAAAAGCUGGUGCAUCGUGUUUGGCCUAUCAAUUGUGUUACAACUAAACAACAUGAGCCUCAAUGCCCACUACCCAUUAGCAGCCAAGUUUUCUCCCAGGAGAGGCAAAAUGUUUCUUUUUAAUCCCUAAUCCAAUCCGGGGGGGGGAAAGAAUUCCAACCCCCAAAGGCAAUUAAAACAAAUUUCAUAAUAUAACAGUGUCUACAAGGUACAGCAUGAAUGUUUACAGUGUUUCGGCACUUACUGCACAAGCCAACAACGUAUUCUAAAUAUCUAUGGUCCUGUUAGAAAAGAAACACCUCCUAAAAUCUAAUCUACUUCUAUCCCAGCUUGGUCACAUUUCAGGCAUUUAGCUCCUUUUAAAUAAGUGUUUCCUGGACUUAGAGAGAUGCUUCAAUCUAAAGAGGGAAGUAUUUUCAGUGUAAUGUACACUUCCAUAAACUCUGUUAGAAAACAUGACAUACCUGUUCCCCAAAAUGCUUUAUAUGAAUUGGAUUUUAUAAUGAUUGGACUUUAGUUCAGAUUUCUGGGGAAGACUUCUGUGUGAUACAUCCAUGCUUCUACACUCCCUAUCAGAAGACCGUGACUGUAGACAGCUGGGCUAUAGUAUUAUGUUGGGCGAUCCAGAAUGCCAAGCUGUGCGAGUGCUUGCCCAUGUUCACCUUAUCUUAAGUGGUUAGCUUUAACCCAAUGGUAUUUGAUUGAUGUAUGACACAGUAGGUUCCUGGAGCAUCUGAUCAUUUUUUAUUCUGGAGUUCUGCACAUAUACAGUAGGCUGCACUCCUGUAAUUGUAAAAGUGGCUUAAAUAGUGCAGGUCAGAAAGCAGUCUCCAGACCUCAACUGGUUUCUCAUUGGGAAGAAAGCCACUUGGAUGGCAUGCCCUCCAGCAAGUUGCUGCUGUGGAGAGCUAGGAUUAGACUUCUUCCUAUUCCUAAUUGUUACAGAGCUUUGCAACCAUUGCAAGGAUGUUAAUCCUAGUUCUCCACAAGAUGCUUCUCCAAUGGCUCACUAUGGAAAUAUAUAUUAAUUGGUAUGGAUCUGCAUGCACUGGCCUCAAUUUUUAGUCUGUGCUCAAUUAAUUAACUGUUCUACAUUUGGGAGUAGUUGGAGAACUAAAAUACUAGGACUUUGGGGAAAAAAAAUUAGUAAGGAUUCCCACUCAUUAUUGUGUACUAGUCUUAAUGUGGCAUUGGAUGAAGGCAGAGCAGGACUUGAUCUGAUACACUUUAGAUUCAAAUAUCCAGCUGAUACUCACUCUCUCUCUAUACUCUCACAUGAAGAAUGAUUACUUGAUAAGUACCUGACAGCCACUAGCUCUUUACCCGAGUCAGGGAUGAACUUCAGGAUUGGAGACAGAAAGAGGGUAGGAGGGGGAAUGGUGGACACUGUGGUACAGAAACACUAACCCUCCUAAAACAUCUGGGUAGAGAGAAUCAAAUCAGACAAGCCAUUUUAGUGAGUCUCUUGCAGUGUGGAAACUUGAUGAGGCCAAUUGAAAUUUCUUCACAGCCAGAAUUUCCAUUUGCUUACAUCUUUGUAUUGCUGAAAAAAGAGACAUGUUGAAGCUUUUCAUCUUGCAUUCAUCAGGACACCUCAAGAGUACCAAUAUAAGGAGAUAGCAACAAUCUAUACAGUAUGAGAAGAGUGCCAAACAAUCAGCACUCUCUUCUCAUACAGUAUAAAUUGUUGUUUUCCCCUUUAUAUUGGUGUUCCUGCAAAGUAUCCUGAUGAUUGCAAGAUGAAAAGCUUUGACAUGUCUCUUUAUUCAGCAAUGCUCAAGUUCUGUACUACCAAAUGACUAUUUACUUUUCUAAUCGAUAUUUAUGGAGAGAAUACUUUACACUGAAAUUGCUUACCUAUGUUCAUUUGAAAAUAUGUUCUGUUGUGUAGAUGAAAUGAUUAAAUUAUAGCAUUUCAAUAUUGAAUCCAAACUGUUUCUAACCUGGAUAGGUCCUUUAAUGUGGCAAUUCAUUUAAAUUGGUACCAUCUUUGUGUUUCAGUUUAAAGAGCCCAGCACACUCCUCCCACAGAUUUCCAAGGUUAUGAGACUAUAAGAGAUCAUUAUAGCUCCUAUGAGAAUGCAGCAUGGGAAAUAAGGAAGUAUCAUUAUCUCUUAUGCUGCAAAUUGCAAUGAGGUGAUAUUUAUUUGUCAUGGCGUAACUGGACUGUCGUUCAAAACAAAAAGUUAGACCUCUGCAGCACAUUUUUUCCCCAAAGUACUCAAGCCUAUAGAACAACAUCAAAUAGUUUUUGUGAAAAUCUAGUUUGAGUACUGUAGUAGGAUUGCUUAGUGUGCCUCAAAUAAAGAUGCUGCUGUGGUAAUGUUAAUGUGUUUUUAAAAUAUGCUUGGUGAAAAGAAUUGAUGCAAGUAAAUAAGAAUGUUUGGCUUUAAUUGGUUUCAAAAUUCAGCCUAUAGAAACCAACAAAGGUUCACUUUAAAUACGGAAAAUCAAUUGAAAGCAAGGUGAUAUGUUGCAUAAGAUUAAAUUAAUUAAAUUCAUGUUUGCACUAAAACAAAGUCAUACUAUAUGGUAAAGUCACUUAUUUUAUUAAAGGAGAAAUGGUUAUUAAUUUGGUAUUGGAUGUCUGAAUUGUGAUCUGCAGUACCUUGGAUGUGUACCGCUCUUUCAAUAAAAUUAUCCAGUUUGCUGCAAAUUUGCCAGAAUUGUUUUUGUAACCAUGAAGAUGUAUAUAAAUUAUGGCAUUUAUUUCUAUUUCAGAAUAUCUCAGAUAAUUAUUUUGUGAGACAAUAAAGGUUUAGGUUUUA